UUAGGAAUUGUCCAAUCAGGCAUGCAGCGGGAGAGAACAGGACGCUUCCGUAAUUUUCCGGGUCGUUUGCGUUUCUCUGCGUCCAGAGCUCCAGUUCUUCUCCUUACUGCUCUGCUUCCUCCGCUCCUAGAGUCCAAGCCACUGUGGCCUUGUGUCCUGCAGGUAUUCGCAGAUUUAUGGCUAAAAGACCGGGACACCCUGGAAGCCGAGAAAUGGGACUGUUGACAUUCAGAGACAUAGCUAUAGAAUUCUCUCUGGAGGAAUGGCAAUGCCUGGAUCGUGCUCAGCGGAAUUUAUAUAGAGAUGUGAUGUUAGAGAACUACAGAAACUUGGUCUCCCUGGGUAUUGCUGUCUCUAAGCCAGACUUGAUCGCCUGUCUGGAGCAAAAUAAAGAGCCUCGGAAUAUAAAGAGAAAUGAGAUGGUAUCCAAACACCCAGUUACAUGUUCUCAUUUCACCCAAGACCUUCAGCCAGAGCUGGGCAUAAAAGAUUCACUUCAAAAAGUAAUACCGAGAAUAUAUGGAAAAUGUGAACAUGAGAAUUUACAAGUAAAAAAAUGUAAAACCAUGGGUGAGUGUGAGGUGCAAGAAGGAGGUUAUAAUGAAGUUAACCAAUGUUUGUCAACUACCCAAAACAAAAUAUUUCAGACUCAUAAAUGUGUCAAAGUCUUCAGUAAAUUUUCAAAUUCCAAUAGACAUAAGACAAGACAUAGUGGAAAGAAACAUUUGAAAUGUAAAAAAUAUGUCAAAUCAUUUUGUAUGGUUUCACACCUAAAUCAACAUCAGAUAAUUCAUACUAUGGAGAAGUCCUACAAAUGUGAAGAAUGUGGCAAACCCUUUACCUGCUCAUCAACCCUUACUAAACAUAAAAGAAUUCAUACUGGAGAGAAACCCUACAGAUGUGAGGAAUGUGGCAAAGCUUUUACCUGGUCCUCAACCCUUACUAAACAUAAGAGAAUUCAUACUGGAGAGAAACCCUACACAUGUGAAGAAUGUGGCAAAGCCUUUAGCCGCUCCUCAACACUUACGAACCACAAGAGAAUUCAUACUGGAGAGAAACCUUACACAUGUGAAGAAUGUGGCAAAGCCUUUAGCUUAUCCUCAUCGCUCACUUACCACAAGAGAAUUCAUACUGGAGAGAAACCCUACACGUGUGAAGAAUGUGGCAAAGCCUUUAACUGCCUCUCAACCCUUAAGAAACAUAAGAUAAUUCAUACCGGAGAGAAACUCUACAAAUGUAAAGAAUGUGGGAAAGCCUUUGCCUUCUCCUCAACUCUUAAUGCUCAUAAGAGGAUUCAUACUGGAGAGAAACCCUACAAAUGUGAAGAAUGUGACAAAGCUUUUAAGUGGUCCUCAAGUCUUGCUAAUCAUAAGAGUAUGCAUACUGGAGAGAAACCCUACAAAUGUGAGUAACGUGAUAAAGUCCAGCCCUCAGGCCUUAUAAUACAUAAAAUAACUAAAAAAAAUCACUACAAGUGUGGAGAAUGUGGCCAAGCCUUUAACCAGUUCCAAGCCUUUAUUGUACAUAAGAUAAUUCAUAUUGAACAAAAGUCUUAUAAAUGUAAAAAAGUAAUAAAGCCUUUAACCAGCCCUCAAACCUUAAGGAACCCAAGAGAAUUUAUUUAAACAAAAUUUUUUUGAGAUGAAGUCUCACUUUGU